AUGAAUGAAAAACGGACAAGAGUGAUAAAGAUUGUAUCUGGUGAUGGAAUUCGAGUAUGGGUGGAGCAAGGAUGGUUGGAAGGUGAACAAUCGGACCUAGUUACUGGAGACGGCACAUUCUAUAGUUUUAAAGGCAUUCCAUACGUGCAACCUCCUAUUGGAACUCUGAGAUUUAAGGUACCCUCCGUACGGAUCGCGAAGUAUGCACCGCGACCAUACCUCUUCCGUGGACCGGAGUUCUAAUUACAUCAAAGGGAUCUAAUUACAAAUGUCUUAAUUCCUGGCAGUGAAGACUGUUUAUUCAUAAACGUAUACUCGACAGAUUUAAAGCCUCUCAAUCUUAUGCCAGUCGUAGUAUUUAUUCAUGGAGGAGGCUUCAAAAGUGGAUCUGGCAAUGUCGACUCUUACAGCCCUGAUUUUCUUCUUAGAAAGAAUUUGGUUGUAGUCACAUUUAAUUAUAGAUUAGACGCACUCGGCUUCUUGAGUCUCGGUACAGAGGAUGUUCCUGGGAACGCGGGAAUGAAGGACCAAGUUGCAGCUCUGAAGUGGAUGCAAAACAAAGACUAA